CCGUCUGCAAGGACUAGUUCGAGCUUGGCAUUGAGGCCAAACUGCUUCCCUGUAAGCAUCUCUACCAUCCCGACUGCAUUCUGCCCUGGCUUGCUCACCAUAACUCCUGCCCCGUUUGUCGGUUUCGGUUACCCGCAGAGCAAGCCAACCUUGACUCUUUUGGGUCCCCGGAAGGGGUUUUGAGGUUAGGGGACUUGAUGAUGGGGGAUGAGGACUGGUUUGAUUACACUAGUACUUUGAGAUAUAUUUCUAGGAGGCACGAUCUUCUGUUUGCCGCUGGUAAUGGUGGUAGCGGCGGCAUUCAGGGCUCAUUCUCUCCCAACCAGAUUGCAGAGGUGGAGACAGAGACGGAGACGGAAAGAGACUCUUCGUCCAGUGUCUUCUUUCGUUCAGGGCUCGAGGCCAUGGAGAUGAAAUGGAAGAAGAUGGAAGAAGAAGAAGAAUAUGAGGAACAACGAAAGAAGGCACUGAACGAAGAGUCUCGGAAACAACAGGCUGAGACUGCACAUGAGGGUAAUGAGAGUGAUGAAGGGGAAUACGAAGAAGGGCCUGCUGAAAUUAUCUGGAUGUUGAUAGGCCCACGUCUAAUCCUCUUGCACCAGAAUCUGAAACUUUUGCUAAGUAUAAAAACUCAUUGAUGUCAGGACAACAAUUGAUUGAGAGUGUUGCCGAACAAGUACCAAGUUUCGGAACUGAACUGGUAUUUCUCCAAUACUGUGUAUCAUGUCUCUCUAACACUAUUUGUUAUCAAGUUCUCAUCCAUUAGGAUCCAUGAAAAAAGGUUUAGUCUCUUCCAAGGGCAGUGACUGUGUUAUCGGGUUUGGUGACUUAAUAGCUAUUAGACAACUUUCUUUUGGUAGACAAGAAAUAUAUAUAUACAUCUGAAUGUCAUAUUCAUAGUUACGAAUGAGCAAGCUUUCACCA